CGAUGCCUUGCGGCAUGGGACCGCACCUUCCCGAGGCUCUUUGUCAAAUGCGGCGAGACUAUGUGACGCAAUUUGCGAUCUUGCUACCACCGCAACCUGAGCGCAGCAUUGAGUGAAGUAAACCUUUGGGACUGAAUAACAGGAAGUUGCCCAGGCCUGGGAUUAUGUAAGGUGCAGGCUCACGGAAUCUGGGUCCGGCACCGGUACCAUUACCUGUUGGCAAGAGCACCUCGGUGGUCCAGACGCGUUUCCCAGCUUCCGGAGUCCCGGCCACAACGACAUGACGAAUGGCGACGGUCUCGUAGAAGGCCUCUCGCACUUCACCGCCGAUCUUCUGCGCAGAGAGCUGCAGCGCCGGCAGGAAGAAGUCGAGAAACCGGAGUGCGGAUCAAAGGGGGGAAAGAAGCACUAUAACACCGGAAUUCACGUGUUUGCCUUAGUUCUUAUUCUCGCCUUGAGCACGGCAGCUUGCUCUUUCCCUAUCGUCGUGAAGCGAUUCCCUGACAUCCCCGUACCCUCACGAUUCCUCUUCCUCUCACGACACUUCGGCACCGGCGUGCUCAUAGCGACUGCCUUCGUCCACCUCCUCCCCACCGCCUUCGAGUCCCUGACCGACCGAUGUCUUCCACAUUUCUGGAAUCGAGGCUACCCGGCCAUGCCGGGCCUCAUAGCCAUGACAGCCGUCUUUGUGGUCGUGGGCAUUGAGAUGUUCUUCGCCUCGAAGGGUGCUGGACAUUCUCACGCAGUUGACUACGACACACUCGGCCAGGACAACCACCACGCGCACGAUCGGCCAGGUCACAAGCGAAGCCACAGUUUCGGACGAUACAGCAGUGGCGCCAAUGGGAAUGUACCAGGCAUCGUAUUGCAUGAAGUAGACGUGGAAUCGUCUGAACAAUCUGGUCUUAUGGCAGGCCGUUCUCCAGCCCUUUCAAUGGUGUCUCCUACCACACCAACUGCGCCGAACGGUCACGCCGCCCGACGAAGCAUUGACAGUGAUGACGACUCAGACCUAGACAUCAGCCCUGAAGAACUCGCCAGACAACAAGAGGAGGAUGACCUGGAGGACGAGUCUCAGCUGCUGUCACAUCCACACGCGCUCAAGCGAACUCAUGACACCCGCGACCCUUCGCCCGAGACACCUGAGAAGACAGAGGCGCAGAACAAGAAGCUGCUGUUGCAAUGCCUGUUGCUUGAGGCUGGUAUCUUGUUUCACAGUGUUUUCAUUGGCAUGGCUCUGUCUGUAGCGACAGGAACCUCGUUCAUCGUACUACUGGUGGCUAUCUCCUUUCACCAGACAUUCGAGGGGUUUGCACUUGGAUCACGUAUUAGCGCCAUUCGCUUCCCUGCUGGAUCGCCUAAGCCUUGGCUUAUGGCACUGGCCUACGGCACAACGACUCCAGUAGGACAAGCAAUUGGCCUCGCAAUUCACACCCUCUACGAUCCAUUCAGCCAGACUGGCCUGCUGAUGGUAGGCUUCAUGAAUGCAAUCUCAAGCGGGCUGCUGCUGUUUGCUGGUCUCGUAGAGCUUCUCGCUGAAGACUUCUUGAGCGACGAGAGCUACGUCACAUUGCAGGGCAAGCGACGACUGCAAGCUUGUGGUAGUGUUGUAGCGGGAGCGGUGCUUAUGGCCCUAGUCGGCGCUUGGGCAUAGACUUCUUUCUCAAAUAAUAGAUACACAAUAAGCCGCACGGCGCCUUCGAAACCUCCUGCUUAAACUAUCAACGUUCUCAUUCCUCAGUAAAAGCUUUGAUAGUUCAUCGGAGUCGUUGAUAACAUUCUACAGAUCGCGCAACGUACACCAAUGCUAGACAUAGGCCUAGACGCGUGACAGCAGAGCUCUGAGACGAGUAUCAGAUUAUGAGAGUGUUCAAUGUGCUGAAAACCUCGUGGGUCGGGUUCAUUCGUGGCACACCUUCACCUACAUGUG